AUGGCGCAAACUAACAAAUCUUUCUGGAUGUUUAGAAACAAUACGGAGUACAUGGGGUUCUUCAUUGCAUCUAUAUCCAGCUACCAUGAUGACAAGGACAAUAUCUCUCUAUUGCAUUCCCCGGCCUCCACAGAAGUCCGAAUGACAGGUCUGUAUACAGGAAUAUUCGGGCAUCUAGCUUGGCCAUGGGCGGCAGCGACCGUUGUUGCCAUCGUUGUCCUAGCGACAGGUGUGAAUUACCUCGUCAGCGAGAUGGUUGUUGUUCCUAGCACCGAGGGUUGCUGCAAAACCGGUGGCAGCGAGCAUCAUGCUGACGAUCAAGGAGAGCUUCAUAUUUGCGAUUCUUCUGAAGUGGAAUUGUUUUUGAAUGACUGUACGGAGAUCAAACCAGCUGUUGACCUCUUGGUAGCUACGGUUUCAAUUCUCGGGCAUGAUACCUGCAUUGAAUCGCCUACCCCAGAUGUGCUGUUAAGCGAAACAUCCUCCCGAAGGAUUGGAAUUCUGAGACAUGCUUCCAGAGAUGUACUAUUAUUUUGCUUCUGUGGUUCAACCAAGCCACAACGAUCGACAGGCAGAGGAGCAUCGCUCCAGUUGAAGCCAAAGGCUAACAAUAAAUUUUUGUCUGCUUCACUUCAGCUCGAUCCUAUGGUCUUAUCUUUGGCAUUUUUAUGGUAA